AAAGGAGCUUCUAGUUCCAUCCAAAAGUGGGCCCGAAAUCUAAACGCUUUGCCCUUUUUCUCAGACCUACCAUGGUUGCCUCUUCUUCUUGUUCUUCAUAGAAAUCCCUAACCUUACACUUCAAUUUCCUUCUCCUUUCUCACCGUUUUCAUUUAAUCUAUCUUCUCUUUAUCAACUAUACCAUUUUUAAUUUUUCCAUAUCCAAACGAUUCUUUAUUUCCUUAAUUUAUUUCCUUUUUCCCCUUUUUCUUCGUUUGAGUUGCAAAUCACCAUUGUCCGAUCUGGUUAUUCUCUGCGUUAUUGUAAAGACUGUUCAAUCCAAGUCAAAGGUGCAUUUUGAAGUCUGGGCAUCGACCAAUUUAAGUUAUUGCUUUAUGGGUUUGUUAAAUUUUGAGCUUUUAGUGGUGGGUUUUAACUUUGGUGAUGUAGUUCAUUAGGUAUCUUCGUGAAUUUUAUGCAAAAGUGGGUUUUGGUAAUUGUGUUAUUAUUAUUAUUUGGGUUGAAAUUUUGAUAUCGAAAACAAGAUAAAUGAAAAGAGGGAAAGAUGAUGAGAAGAAUAUGGAGCCUAUGUUCCCUAGGCUUCAUGUUAAUGAUACAGAAAAAGGAGGGCCGAGGGCUCCGCCAAGGAAUAAGAUGGCCCUUUAUGAGCAGCUGAGUAUUCCCUCACAGAGGUUUAACCCUGGCCUCUUGCCUCUUAACACAAGUAAUUCAAGCAGUUUGGUUCCUCCUACUUCCUCAAGCCAGGGAAGUUGCCUUCAAAAUAGGCUUUUUCCUUCUCGUGUAUCGAAUUCGGCAUCUACUAAUCAAGCUGAGAAGAUUCAUACACGACAGCAUGGAGGAGCAAGUGUAAAUGCUCCAAUGGCACGCCUUGAACCAAGAAAGAAGGUUGGAGAUGAAGAUGAUUUCUUGGUUCCUGUUUUUGUUAAUUCAGAGACAGGUCUGCAACAUUGCAAAAAUAAGGAAGGGUUUGAUGGGGAAAAAGUCUGUAAUGUUCGUGAUAAUGAUACAAAUCGAUGUAGCUCUUCUGGUGUCGGUUCAAGAAAGGAGGUAAGAAAUCAGAGUGAAGGGAGCUUUCAAGUGUGCUCAAGUAGGGAGCGCUCAAUAAAACCUGCUGCAAAUUCAUCAACUAGAGAAACGAUUGAUGGAUAUGCCAAAGAGGACAAUGUGUCCCCUGAUCAAUAUUGUGAAGAGAUUCCAGCAUCUAGAUUAAGUGGUUCACGUGAAAUUGAUGCUUGCUUGGUAGAAAAGUUGAGAGCUGACCGACAACCAGUUGAUAAUGGAUGUGCUGAUGAUGCUUCCUUGAUGAAAGAAAAUGGUGAGGGAACCCUUUCCCGGAAGAGAAGUCUGUCUUAUUCAGAGGGGAAUCGCAGUGUUCCUGAUGAAACUAAUAAUGACAGUGAAUGCCAUGAAGACAAGACUUGUGGCUCACUGCAGUGGGCAAAUGGAGAUAAAAGCGAUGAUGUCUCUGAGACCUCUGCGGUGGAUAUUGUAUCAGGCUUGGAUAUCUCUGCUGAUGACGUGGUGGGAAUAAUAGGUCAGAAGCGUUUCUGGAAAGCAAGAAGAGCUAUUGUUAAUCAACAAAGAGUAUUUGCUGUACAAGUGUUUGAGUUACAUAGGCUGAUUAAGGUUCAGAGAUUAAUUGCUGGAUCACCACAUAUCUUGCUUGAGGAUGCAGCAUAUCUGAGCAAACCUUCUUUCAAAGACUCUCCUGUAAAGAAGCUUCCUCAAGAGUUAAUUGUAAAACCAGUGCCACAAAAUAAUCGCAAAGAUGAUGCUGAGAAGAUAAGUUGUAAAAUGGAAUGUUCAGCAGAAAAUGCGGUUGGUAGGACAUCCCUCUCUUCUGUGAAAAAUGGUAGUCAGCCUUCAAAUAAUGGGCCUUUCCUUGGAAAUUCACCACUUUCUCCAGCUAAUGGUGAUAACAAAAUGAACCCUUGGUGUUUCAAUCAAAUGCUCGGGCACCAGUGGCUGGUCCCUGUCAUGUCCCCCUCUGAAGGACUGAUAUACAAGCCCUAUCCGGGACCUGGAUUCAUGGAAUCUGCUUGUGGAGGCUGUGGACCUUUUGGACAAAAUCCAAUGACCGGAAACUUCAUGACAUCAGCUUACGGAGUUCCAACUCCUCAUCAAGGACUUGGGGCUCUACCAGGCACUCCUUUAGGCGGUCACUCUUACUUUCCUCCUUAUGGUAUGCCAGUCAUGAACCCGGCAUUCUCAGGGUCUGCCAUGGAACAGAUGACCCAAUUUGCCGGAGUGGGGUCCCAUGCCCAAAGUGUCCAGUUAUCUGGAAGUGGAGCUAACUUCAACAUGCAGCAACAAAGUUCAUCUAAUCUGCCGAACGAGAAGAAUGGUGCUAUUCCUCCUGUCACGAAGUAUCAAGCAUCUAAAGAUGCUGAGCAACAACGAUGUAAUGCAAGCAGUCCUAGUGAGAGAACAGAGAAAGACGGGACCCGUAGCACCUCUGAAGGGAAAAAUACACCUUCACUUCUCCCUACAGCUCCAGCCAAUCUGGAGGGAGCCUUGAAGCCUCGCGAAACUGACCAGAGGACGAGAGUGAUACGAGUUGUGCCUCAUAAUCCAAGGUCAGCCACUGAAUCAGCGGCACGAAUUUUCCAAUCUAUACAGAAAGAGAGAAAGCAACGGGACUAAGAUGAGCUUGCUUUACAUAUCAAACAAAACCAUUACCGGUAAAUCAUCGUGGACUCCAUCUACCUAGGUGUGCUGCUUGAACAAUAUUAUCUCUUAUUAUCUCUUACUUUUUGGUGUAACAUUUUCUUACAUGUUUUCUGGUUAUAGUUUAUUCAUAUGUAGAUAUAUGUUUGAGAGAUUACAAGUCAAUGUAAUAUGAAUUUUGUUUCAUCUCUGCAUUUUUUAGGCUGAUUCAAGACCCUUUUAUGAGAAACAGAAGCUCUUUGAACAUGAUGGUAUAAUUAUAGUAUCUGAUGACUUCUUUUGAA